UUAGUUCCGCCGACUUGUUGCUCCACGCCCCCUCCUCCCUCGCCGUCUCUCCCCGUGUAUAUGAGCUGAAGCUCGGCCACACUUCGGUCACUGCUCGCUUGGCUUGUCGGGGCACGAACAUGGCCGCAAACCGGGUUAUCGUUUACGGCGGGAGAGGCGCUCUGGGCUCGAAGUGUGUGCAACACUUUAAGUCCAAUGGAUGGUGGGUUGCGAGCAUCGACAUGGUCGCAAACGAGGAGGCGAAUGAAAACGUGAUCGUGAAGAUGAGUGAGUCUUUCAGCGAGCAGGCAGGACAGGUGACGACAGAUGUGGCCCAGUUGCUAGGGGAACAGAAAGUGGAUGCCAUCUUAUGUGUGGCAGGAGGAUGGGUUGGAGGAAGCUGCAGUUCCAAAGAUUUAUACAAAAACUCAGAUCUGAUGUGGAAACAGAGUGUGUGGACCUCCACUAUCUCCAGCCACCUCGCCUCUCUCCACCUAAAACCAGGCGGCUUGUUGACUUUGGCUGGGGCCAAAGCAGCUCUGUCAGGCACUGGAGGCAUGGUCGGCUAUGGCAUGGCCAAAGCUGCCGUCCACCAGCUGUGUAAGAGUCUUGCAGGAAAGAACAGCGGCAUGCCAUCAGGAGCUACUGCUGUGGCUAUACUACCGGUUACCUUGGAUACGCCAAUGAACAGGAAGUUCAUGCCUGACGCAGACUUCAGUUCCUGGACACCGCUGGAGUACAUCGCAGAAGUGUUCUUUGGCUGGGCCACAGGGGUGGACCGGCCGGCUUCUGGAAGCCUGAUGCAGCUAAUGACCUCCGGAGGCGAAACCCAGGCUGUGGCCGCGCAGUAGAGGGAUGAGGAGAUGGAGGAGCACAGAGCUAUAGUCUGGUAGGGAGGAGGAAGAGGAGGAGAAGAGGAGGAGGAUAUGGGUAAGGAGCGUUAGGAUAGGAGAGAUAGGAGGAGUGAUGAAGAAAGUGUGGAGGUGAAGAAGAGAAAUGGUGACAGAGAAACUGAAUGAAAUGAGGAGCUUGAGAGGAGAAAGCUAGAUGGGUUUGUUUUGGAGGGUGGAAGAGGAGGAGGAGGAGGAGGAGGAGACAGGGAGGAGGGCUUUAAUUGCAAAUGCAGCCUCACAGCGCCAUCUAGCUGUAGAUCCCUACAAUUAACUAAGUGUAACAGACGGUGUUAAACCUCCACUAAUGAUAAACGAUGAUAUGAUGAUAAUAGGACUCAAUGGUCCAUUUUCCACUCUUGAGGACUUUUCAGAUUUUUUGAAAAGAUAGGCGACGUGUUUUAAAUGUGUAUGUAGCCAAUUUUUGGUCAGGACUAUGUGGAAGCUGUCACUCAUUAAGAUCCAUAUAUAAUUUGUUAUAUCCAAACAUCUUCAUAAUAAUAAGAAUAUUUCUGAAUCAGCUUUUUUCAUCAUGUUUUUCAGUGACUUCAUAUCUCUGAAAUCUCUGUGAAAUUCAGCACAUGACAGUGUGACAUGUGAGACCUUUGAAACCUUUUUACUUUGUACCUUCACUAAGUCCCUAAAGGUCCUCUCUGCCACUGCAAGACCUCAAAUUCAAAGAAAGCCGCUGUCUUCUUUCUAAACGGACAGUUUAAAGUGGAGUGGCCUUAUUUAUGUUUGUAGCUGUCAAGUCAAAGUGUCCUUGGUGUCUGCAGUGUGAAAAAGGUACUCUGUCACGUGUUGUAACUGUCAAAUUCACAAUAAAGGAGUCAAACUUAAGAAUCGA